UCCAUUGAAAUGUAACUCAUUCAUUCAACAACAGAGCAAAAGAAAGAUAUUCCUGAAAUUUAUUCGCGGUGAUAAUUUGAUUUUGUUUGUGUACCUUCGUAAGAGUAAACUAAACGUCUGUCUACAUCUUAUAGAAAUAUAGUAAAAGCUAUAUAUUAGUGCGUGAAGUCUAGUAGUAAGCGAUAUUCCGAAGCAAUAUAAAAACGAAGCUAAGUGCCUUGUACGUUUAGCAGUCUUUUGUUACUUUUAACAAUCUUGUAAGAUUUGUUUUCAUUGAGUGUUUUGUGUCUUCACGCGGGUCUUGCAAUGGUCCGAGCUGUUUUCUAGCAUUGUCCAGUUUUAUACAGCAUUUUGCAUGAGGUCACGGCGGUGGUGUGGUGUCCGCAUGGAAGCCCGGCGGACUGUUGAGCCGGCGCUGCAUCCGUUGCGCGCGCAGUUUCGUCGCGCCUUGCCGGAAUGGACCGCGCGAGUGUCUCGCCAUCGACGAACCAUCGGCCGCUCGAAGGAGGACCCCGCGAAACCCUUGAAACCCCAGCCUCGCCAGAGGCCUUAGAUCCAGAGACUUCGCGGCCCGCGCCGCGCGCGCUUCCUUCUAUACCGGAGAGUGAACCUCUGUUGCACGCCCCGGUCAGUGUUAGUGUCAGUGAAAAUGUCAAGAAAGCGAACGGGAGAUCACUGCAUGUGCAGUUCGACGCGCAGUCUCCUCCUGCGGCAGUGUCAGUGUCGAGCUCCAGCUCGAGCUCGUCCGACGAUGAAGACGUCUCGAUCGCGGAGGCGCGCCCUCCCGACGGCGGCUGGGGGUGGGUGGUCGUCUUCGCCUCCUUUAUGGUCAAUCUCAUCGCUGACGGAAUCACCUUCAGCUUUGGAGUAUUCUUCCCCCACUUCUUGGAGUAUUUCGGCGAGGGGAAAGGCAAAACGGCCUGGAUUGCCGGCAUAUUUAUGGCGAUGCCGCUCCUCUCGGGACCCAUCGCUAGUUUCCUCACGGACAGGUACGGAUGCCGGCGCAUGACCAUUUUCGGGUCGAUCCUGGCUACCCUCGGAUUCGUCAUAUCCGCCUUUGUCGACAAUAUGGAAACACUGUUUCUCACAUUUGGAAUUAUGGCCGGUUUCGGCUUAAGUUUAUGUUACGUAGCGGCUGUGGUUAUAGUCGCUUAUUACUUUGAGAAGAAACGCUCGCUCGCUACUGGCAUAUCAGUUUGCGGAAGCGGCAUAGGAACUUUCAUAUUCGCGCCAUUGACGUACGUAUUGCUAGACGAAUACGGUUGGCGCGGAACAACGUUGAUACUGGCGGGAUUGUUCUUGAACAUAGCAGUUUGUGGCUUGCUGUUCAGGGAUCUGCCGUGGACGACGACGAUGAAUGAAGAGAAAGCGAAAGAGAGGAAGCGUAGACGAGAGAGAAAACGAAACAAACGCUAUGGUUCUUCAGCUGAUAGUUUCUCGGAUAGUAAAAGCAGUGCGGUUGGUUCUACUAAAGCGCCGGAUAGAAUCGAUGUCGAAACAGUUACAUCUCCGAUAGUGCCCCAGUUUAGUUCUUUAGUGGACUUGCCAACAUUCAUGACUGGCGGAGAAGGGGUUUCGCUGGAAGUGUUCGAAAUGAUGUCGAAUAAAGGUCGCGCGUAUGCGAUUUUGGCGCAAAAUUACCCUGGAGUUAUGUUGCCGUCUCGAAGUUUCAGCGACAGCGGGAGAUUACACGAGCAAUCACCUCCUAGGGCUUUGAUGUCGCCUACUACAGCAGGAGCUAUGUCUCCCACUCCCCAAGCGCCUGAGAGCAAUAAUAGUUCAGUGAAUGAUAAAGCAGCGAUAUCGUUGUGGCUGCGCCGGCAAGGGGCGCAAGGUUCGUCGAAGAAGCCGCCGGCGUUCCUCAAAGACCUGAGGUUGCAUCGCCACUCGUUGACGUACAGGGGCGCAAUGUUGAACAUCAACAGGUACCGGCUCAGGGCGUCCUCCUGUCCGAAUAUAUUCAAGAACUCCAUGACCACCAUUGCUAAAGAAAAGGUCCAAUGGUACGCCGGCUUGUGGGACUUCUGGGACUUAGUUGUGGAUGUCCUAAACUUCUCACACUUCCUAAACCCGGCUUUCCUUGUGUUCGCCAUCUCUAACUUCCUGCUGUACGUGUGGUACGACGUGCCGUAUGUGUACAUAUCAGACAACGCCAUGCAGAUGGGUUUCACGGAGUCACAGUCUUCCAUGCUCAUCUCCAUUAUCGGGAUCUUGAAUAUGUUUGGAGAGAUUCUCCUAGGCUGGGUGGGGGACUGGGAUUGCGUAGACGCAAGUUUGGUCUACGCAGUAUGCAUGGUACUAUGCGGCUUGGUCACCCUAGUGAUGCCGCUGUUAACCGACUAUUUCGCGUUGGCCGCCGCCGCCGGAGCCUUCGGGGCGUUCAUAGCGGCCAACUAUUCUUUGACGAGUAUCAUAUUGGUGGAGCAAAUUACGCUGGAGAAGUUUACCAAUGCGUACGGACUGCUGUUGCUGAUUCAGGGCGUGGCCAAUCUCAUUGGACCUCCUUUGGCAGGCUGGGUGUACGACAUAACGCAGUCGUACGACCUGUCGUUCUACCUGGCGGGCGUGUUCAUAGCGCUGUCCGGGCUCACGCUGCUCGUGCUGCCGGCCGCGCGCGCGCUGCGCCGCGCCGCGCCCGACGUCGAGAAACUCAACGGACAGAUCAAACACAACGGGAAACUCGUCAACUGAAUGUUAAUGUUACGCCGGUGUCGUCUUGCUUACUUGUGGGAAAAAAGUAAACGGAAUUGAGCUUUGAAAUUGGAAUAGUUUCGUGUUAAUUUUUGCGGGUUUAGUGGGCUAACAAAUUGUGUUACGGGCGAGCAUGAUGGGAAACUCGUUGAUUAUAUUUGUGUUGUGUUACGCCGGUUAGGUCUCGAACCGCCGAGUCUUAGAAACAUGAUAAUAUCCAGGACUUUGAAAUCCGAAUCGUUAUUGACAAUUUUACGGGGGGGUAUCAAAUGUUACGGGCAGACCGAGCACAAAGGGAAACUCGAUAGUCUUAGAUCAACAAAAAAAUUUCCAGGACUUAAAAUUCGAAUCUUUUUACCAAUUUUGCGGGGAAAAUAUAAAAGUUACGUGACAGGUUGAGGCAUACAAGUGGGUUCAGCGGUCACACCACAAUCUCCCAUCACGUACAGAAAACGGGAAAAGCUCAUUUACGUAAUCUUUGUGCACCUUUCAUUGUAGCCGUGCAUAAGUCAUAAUGUUGUAGACCGUUAUGGAUAAAUAUUGCAAUUUACAAUUGGUUUGACAUAUUAAAAAAAGAAGAGGCUACUUUUCUUUUUUUAAGUUUUGGCAUUAAUAAUCAAUGAUUACUGCCGUGAAGCAAAUGAUAUAAUCUUAAAUAUCGAUUAUGCUGUGUUUUGUACAUGGCUGUGUGUUGAUUAUCUCUGAAGUUUUGCAAAAUAUAUUAUGUAAUCAUGACAAACUUGGAUGGGAAUAUAUGUCGUUGGAUUUAGCUCCUAUGGAGCGAAAACGUAGUAAUUAAAAAAAACUAAUAUUAAACCGUAAAUAUUCCUAUUGGUCUAAUUAUUUGACUAAAAAUGGUUUAAUUUUUAUUAUAUAAGUAAUAGGAUAUGAGCCAGACUAGUGGUGAAACAAAACGGGUAAAAAAUAAAAUAAAAAAAAAGUAUAUUGGCAUCGAUAUGUGUUGAUUUUAUUAUUUAAAAAAAAUAUAUAUUCACAGAUGUGAGUUGACGUCCAUUAUUUUCCCAGUUUAUUCUCAAAAAGUCUAGCAUAUAUAACGAUAUAUGCCCUAUGAACCUAACGAGGUUCAUGACCUUUUCGAUUUUAAGAUAUUAACAAGAAAAAUAUCGAUCAAGACCUUUCUUGUGCUGUGACCAAUAUAAGUAUUUACACAACUGUUUCCUACGUUGUUAAUCUCUAAAAUUCCUAGUGUUUUAAGAUAAAAACGAAUAUGAAAUCAAUGCAGACUUGUGCAACAUUGAAACAUAUUAAAACCUAGUAUUUUAACGUUUUUUUUUUAGUUUAUCCGUUUAAGAGACGGCAUACCUCAGGUCUCGUCUUGAGCCGUCCGUUCGUAAAGUCUUUAAAAAAAAUAGAUGUACAUUGAUCGCGUAAUAUCUAUUAUAGAGUAGAGUAAAAUCAUUGAGAUUUCUAAAUAAAUACAGAAUGCA